AUGAUCCUUCUCCUCUCCACUUAUGAAGACCGGCGACACGAUCCCUCUUCACGCAUCUUCCCAGUCAGACAUCGACGAGAUCGAGAACCUAAUCAACUCCUCCAUCCAAUCCAGUUCUUCAACCGUCCUACCCGCCCGCCCACCAAGCCCCCCCGAAUACCCGUUUCCACCUCUCCAUUUAUCCAAUCAAAUCUCCCUCCACCUUCAUCUCAGCCACUACACACCACUGUUCAGAAACCGCCAGCUGUCGUCCCUUCUGUUCCUUCCGCCCCUCUGCCUGCUCUGCCACCUAGCACUGGUAACUCAACCGGUGGUAAUAUUGCUCCGACCGGAUUCGGGUCCCCUCCGAAUACGUUGACGGAGCCAGUUUGGGAUACGGUAAAAAGAGAUCUGUCCAGGAUUGUGAGUAAUUUGAAGUUGGUUGUGUUUCCGAACCCGUAUCGUGAAGAUCCGGGUAAGGCGUUGAGAGAUUGGGAUCUGUGGGGUCCUUUUUUCUUUAUUGUCUUUUUGGGUCUCACUCUUUCUUGGUCCGCAUCUGUUAAAAAGUCUGAGGUUUUUGCUGUUGCAUUUGCACUGCUUGCAGCUGGUGCUAUAAUCUUGACACUGAAUGUUCUCCUGCUGGGUGGACACAUAAUUUUCUUCCAAAGUCUGAGCCUCCUCGGUUACUGUCUCUUUCCUUUAGACAUUGGAGCCCUCAUCUGCAUGUUGAAGGACAAUGUAAUAGUAAAAGUGAUUGUGGUAUCCGUGACGCUGGCUUGGAGCUCCUGGGCUGCCUAUCCUUUCAUGAGCUCAGCUGUCAACCCAAGAAGAAAGGCUCUUGCACUUUACCCUGUAUUUCUCAUGUAUGUAUCAGUUGGUUUUCUCAUCAUCGCCAUUGACUAA